AUGGCCGAUUUAAAGGCGGAUUUGAAGAAGCCACUGCUUCCUCCGCGCAGACCCCCCGUACCCACAAUCAUCCCCCCGCAGCCUCCCCCAGUUGGCGGGCUCUCCGCCGCUCUCCCCGGUCCUCCGCAAGCCCAGUUCCGCCUAGGCGGAAAACCCCCACCUGCUCCAGCUCCCUCCGCCGCGCCAUUAUCCCCGCGCCUCUCGCCGCUACUCACGCCGCAUUUUACGGGCACUGCCGCCAGUAGGGACCUAGGAUCCGCCUCGUCCGCGUCCGGCUCGAUAGCAUCGGGGGGAACGGGAACUAGCGCGGUCACCAACGGCCUGCGGGGAGGCGGAGGCGGAGGGUUAGGGGGAGCGGGAGGAGUAGGCGGAGGGUUCGGGGGAGCGGGGGCUCCGCCUCCUCCGCCGGUGGGGCCGAAGAAGAAGCGCGGGCAGGGCGUGCGGUCGUGGAUUAGAAUCGACCCGUCGGGGGAAGUUAGCAUUCUGGAAGUGGACAAAGGCACUCUGAUGCGCCGAUGUGACCUCCCCGGGCGAGACCUGCGGCUGCUGGACCCGGUGUUUGUGUAUCCGUCCACCAUCCUGGGGCGAGAGCGCGCCAUGGUGGUGAAUCUGGAGAGCAUCCGCUGCAUCAUCACGGCCGACGAGGUGCUUCUACUCAAUGUCACCGACCCUGCCGUGCAGCAGUUCAAGCAAGCACUGCAGCGGCGGCUGCUGCUGGGCAUGUCUGCCCCCUCUGACUUCAGAGUGCUGUGGGGAACGGAGAGACCAGGCGAGAAUGGCUUCACACUAGAUGCUCCAAACGCCAGCAUUCAGAGACGCGAGAUCAGCAGUGAGGACAUGUUCAGCGGAUCGGGCAGCACAGCAGAGGAGGACGACUUGCCCUUCGAGUUUAAGGCUCUUGAGCUUGCCCUCGAGCUUUCCUGCUCGGGCCUCGAUCGACAGGCGCAGGAGCUAGCACAGGAGGCGUACCCGCUGUUGGAGCGUCUUGCCUUUCAGAUCAGCACGACCAACCUGGAGCUCGUGCGGCGAAUCAAGAGCAGCCUGCUGGGCCUCACCCGCCGCGUGCAAAAGGUGAGGGACGAGAUAGAGCAGCUGAUGGACGACGAUGGGGACAUGGCGGAGAUGUACCUCACCCAGAAGCGCCUGCUGGCAGAGGAGCGCAGUGAGAGCGAGCGAUUAGGGGGGCACCGGGAUGACGGCAGCGACCACUCGCACACUCCGAGGGAGUCCCUUGGGGGGUUCGGAUCGUCCAUUUCUGCUCCUGUGUCGCCAGCUGGCUCUCCAACCAAACAUACUCCUCGCCUCGCCUCCCACCAACCCCCCUUCAACAACUACCAGGAAAGGCACUGCUUGGACGGUCAGCCGUCGGGGAUGGGUGCAGCGCCCUCAUUGAUCAGCUUCUGGAGCGGUGCACACAGUGCAAGUGACAGCACGGCAACGAGCGUGGAGAACGUGGAGGAACUAGAGAUGUUGCUGGAGGCAUACUUUGUGGUGAUUGAUGGCACGCUGAACAAGCUGACCCCCACCCCCUCCUUCUUCCCGUUUCCCCUCCCCUCUCCUUCCCACAUUGAACCACAGGGAAGCCACUACCUGGACGGUCGGCCGUCCGGCUUGGGUGGAGCGCCGCCGUCCAUCAGCUUCUGGAGCGGCGCGCACAGCGCCAGUGACAGCACGGCGACAAGUGUGGAGAACGUGGAGGAACUAGAGAUGCUGCUGGAGGCAUACUUUGUGGUGAUCGAUGGCACGCUGAACAAGCUGACGCAGCUGUCGCAAUACAUUGAUGACACGGAGGAUUUCAUUAAUAUUCAGCUGGAUAAUGUUCGCAAUCAGCUCAUUCAAUUCGAACUCAUCAUGACCACCGCUGGUGCUCUCCCUCCCUUGCCUCUCCCCACACCGCUUCCCUCUACCCACUCUCCCUCCCUUGCCUCCCUUGCCUCUGGGACUGGAGAGGAGGGUGGGUGGGCAGUGCAGGAAGGGCAUGUUGACUCAAGCACAGUCCCAGGCCUGUGCAAACACUCACCGCUCCCUGCUUCUCUCCCCACACCUGUUUCCUGCUGCCCCCUGCAAUCCCACCUAUCUACUUCUUCCCAUCCAUUGGCAGGGUUUGUGGUGGCGCUGUGGGGGGUGAUAGCGGGCACGUUUGGGAUGAACGUGCCGCUGGGGUUGGAGGAGGACCAGUCGGCCCUCAAGUGGAUCCUCAUUGACUCGGGUGUGGGCGGCGUCCUCAUCUUCCUCGCCUUCCUCGCAUUCUUCCGAUACAAGAAUUGGACCAUCACUUGA